GACUGAAUUACUUCCUAUAAAAUCAGAAGUAGAUUCUUCAAAAAACCCUAGCUAAGCUUCUCUCCCACCGCUUAGGGUUUUGGAAAAUCGCUCGCCGGCAAGAGAGGGGGGAAAUGGCUCCUAAACAACCAAGUACGGGUCUUUUCGUCGGAUUGAACAAGGGUCAUAUUGUUACCAAGAAGGAAUUGGCUCCUCGUCCCUCAGAUCGCAAAGGGAAAACUAGCAAAAGAGUGAUCUUUGUGAAGAAUCUCAUUAGAGAGGUUGCUGGUUUUGCACCUUACGAGAAGCGUAUCACUGAGUUGCUCAAGGUUGGAAAAGACAAGAGGGCUUUGAAGGUCGCAAAGAGAAAGCUUGGAACACACAAGCGCGCCAAGAAGAAGAGAGAGGAGAUGUCCAAUGUUCUCAGGAAGAUGAGGGCUGGUGGUGGUGCAGGAGACAAAAAGAAAUAGACAAGUCUUUAUUACUUUGUUGGUUUGAAUGAUUGAUCAAUGUUUUCUUGGACAAGUUAUAUUAGUUUUUCUUUCUUUCAAUUUUGUAUGAUUUUUAUGGUUAUAUGUGCUUUAUUUAACUGAGAACUUGAUUUAAGGAAACAUUUUCUAUUUUAUUAGACAUAUGUCAACUCAAAUUUUCAAGCUUA